AUGGCUGAGAGUGGAUAUGAAAUGUUGGAUGAAGAAGCCGGUGAAUAUGGAGAUGUAUUGCAGUUGAGUAAGGAAGAGAUAAUGAAUAAGGCAUUCCAAAGCGAUGAAGCAGCAUAUGAAUUUUACAGGAGGUUAGGCAAAUGUUUUGGUUUUGGUAUUCGAAAGGGUGACUCGGGAAAAGAUGAAAGUGGAAGGGUUAUUCGUCGUAGAUUUUUUUGUAAUAGAGCGGGCCUGAGACAACGUCAUCACUAUGAUAGGCUAGAUAGGCAGAGAGGUCAUAGACCGGAAACGCGGACAAAUUGUGAGGCAAAGCUAUCAGUCUACCUUGAUGUGGUCAAUGGUAUAUGGAGGGUGAGGAAAAUAGUAUUGGAUCAUAACCAUGAUUUAACUCCGGCAUAUAUGGUUCAUAUGAUGACGAAUUUUAGAGAAAUAAGUUGUUCCGCUAAGGCACAAAUAUCUGGUAUACAGGCUCAUGGUGUUCCGACGUCUAAGAUUCUAGGGUAUAUGGCUGGAUAG